AUGCAAAGCCUAUUAGGGCGUAGACGGAACAAUUCCGAGGUUGGACAAACGUGUAGAGGUAGUAUAAAUCUACAGGAGGCUAGGAUUCAUGGAGAAAAUAAGCUGAACAGUUUAACGAUAACAGCCUCUUCACAGACUUUUCAUGUUAAAGCGCAGAAUGACUGUGAUUACCGAGAGUGGCUUCAAGCUCUAGAAUAUGCCAAACAUCGGGCGGUUAAAGCUGCUGAAUCAGAGGAAGAUGAAGAGUUUAAGUUGGAAACUUCGUCCAGCUGUGGCAGCCAGGCUGCAAUUGACUCUAUGAAUCAGAUAUUGCAGAGUAAACUAGAGGAACUUCGCAAAUGCAAUGCACUGAUUGGAGUCAUGGAACUGACAUAUUCUGCGGUUACCAAGCAUGCAAGUGAGUUGUUAAAUGCUUUGAAUGACGACUCUGUUGGGGAAAGAAAUUCAUUAAACGAACGGAUAAAUCUUUUUAAAAGUACUGCAGUCAAAAUGAUACGUGCAUGUGAAGAAUUUGUCAGUGUUACAGCAAAGGAAAGCCGAAAAGUAAGCCGCUAUGCUACAAAUGAACACGAGCAGCGUCUCAGGCUGCAAGACCAGAUGAUGGUGCUUGCAAAACAACACAGCUCCUUAGAACGUGCGGCACUGCUGACAGCAACUGAUUCUAAAGGAGUCUCUGAACCGCCUUAUUUUGAAAGCGAUGAGGAAUUUCACGAUGCAUCAGACAAAAUGAUAGAAGAAAAACUGGAAGAUCGUAAAUCAGACUCGUCUCAGACAAAUUCAGUAACCGAAGAAGAUCGGCAACUUCUCGAUGCAGAAAUUAUAACCCCUGUUGGAAGCUGUGACCAAGCAAAAGUUUGUCCGCAGGGAUCUGCUUUGGCGGUUGUAGCACCAAAGAGCAAACGGGUACGACGCAGUAAAGUUCCUGAUAGGCUUACGGUUUCGUUGAAUUUGUGGUCGAUAAUGAGGAACUGUAUUGGGAAGGAGCUUUCAAAAAUACCAAUGCCGGUUAACUUCAAUGAGCCACUGUCGUUUCUGCAAAGGAUUUCCGAGGACUUAGAGUAUGCACAUCUUCUUGAUGUAGCUGCGGAGUUGAAAGAUUCCUGCGAGCAAAUGUGCUAUAUAGCAGCUUACGCAGUGAGUUCAUAUUCAACCACUGGAAAUCGUGCUACGAAACCGUUCAACCCCCUGCUUGGCGAAACUUUUGAGUGCGACCGUACAGAUGACUUAGGAUGGCGUUCUUUCGCAGAACAAGUUUCUCACCAUCCUCCUAUAACUGCACAUCAUGCGGAGGGUAAAAAAUGGAAAGUUCAUCAAGAUUUUACAAUGACUUCUCGUUUUCGAGGGAAAUAUCUUUCCGUAAUUCCUAUUGGCUACACUCAUAUUGAGUUUUUGGGGCAGCAAAGUAAAUAUUCGUUUAAAAAAGUCACUACUACUGUACACAAUAUCAUUGUUGGAAAACUGUGGAUUGAUAAUCAUGGAGAGAUGGUGAUUGACAACCACAUCACUGGCGACAAAUGUUUCCUAAAGUUUCAUGCAUAUAGCUACUUUUCGAGAGAACCACCAAGAAAAGUUACCGGUUUAGUUAAAGACCGCAAUGGAAAACUACAGUGGGUUAUUCAGGGUUUCUGGGAUAAACACCUGGAUUAUAUGAAAGUCAUAAAAGGGGAUGAAGUUGGCGACAAAUCUGUGCUUGAAACGGAUAUAGCUAAACGUGUUUGGACGGUGGAAGAAGGUGUAGCACCCACAGAUUCUCGUCUUCGACCGGAUCAGAGACUUAUGGAAGAAGGUAAAUGGGAUGAAGCUAAUCGCGUUAAGGUUCAAUUAGAAGAAAAGCAGCGUGCCGUUAGAAGGCAGCGGGAAGCAUUAGCUGAGAAAGCGAUGCAAGCAGGAGAGUCUUUCGAAGAGUACAAACCAUUGUGGUUUGCCAAAGCUCAGCAUGAAUGCACUGGUGCAGUGAUUCAUCUGUUUACCGGCGAUUACUGGGAAAAAAAGAAGGCCGGUGACUGGUCGAUGUGCCCAGAUAUAUUUUAG